AUGGGUAGCAUAUACAAACCCUUGGGCCCCUUGUGCCGCUGGUACAUCUACGCCCUCCACGGCUUCUUCGCGGAGAUCAUGUUCACAGCCACGUGUAACUUCUUCGCGCACCGCGACUGGAAAUUGAUGGGGAUCACCAGCGUGUGGGCCCUGUUCAUCUACGGCACUUUUGGCAGGAUCUUGGAACACCUCUACCUCCGGCUGCAGGGCCGGUUUAACUUCGUGGUCCGGGGCAUCCUCUACACCCUUUGCAUCUACGGCUGGGAGUUCUGCACGGGCUUCAUCCUGCACUGCUUCAAAGCAUGCCCCUGGGACUACAGCGGCUUCCGUUACAACUUCAUGGGCAUCAUCACCCUGGAGUAUUUUCCCCUCUGGUUUGUUGGCUCCCUCUUGCUGGAGAGGGUCGUGGUCUAUAAUGUCCUCCGCCUACGGCUGGACAAGUCCUGGAAACCCAAGGAGUGCCCCGUAACCAAAAAUGAAUCUAAAACACCAAACAAAGAAGAGUGA